AUGCCUGGAGCAGGGGCUGCCAUCUGGAGAACACAGGCCGCGGCAGUCCUUCUGGCUGGGGCCUCGGCCGAGCGGGCCCCGGUGCUGUGGUCCUCGCGCCUCUCCUCGGCCUCCUCGGGGGAAGGGAAGGCCGGGCGGGGCACAGGCUGCCAGCACCCACAGCCCUGCUCGGUCCGGAGCUGGCCCGAGGGCCCCGGCGCAGGCACGAGUACUUCGGCAGUGGUUUCCGUGCGACGCGUUCAUCCCGGCAGUCCGUCCUCCCUUUCCGAAAGGGCUGGGCGCCCCAGAGACUGGGGUGGGGUCUCCGCGUGGAUCCGGAGAGCGAACGGAGGGAGUGACGUUCUCCAAAGUUGCUCGGAGGGCCGGCCCCGUCCCCACGCUGGGCUCCGAGUCUCACUCAGUGCCUGCGACGGGCAGAGUCCCGCUGGAGGACGCAGGGCCGGUCGGGCAGGCCCUGCUUGUGGGGAAGAGACGGCAGGGGGUGGGGGGGCAGGAGUGAGCCUGGGGCACAGGGCCACCCAUGCUGACGGGGCGGAGCAAGCAGGCCGGGCUUCCGGGAGGCCGCAGCCUUUGAGCUGUGCCCUGAAGGGUGCCCAGGAGCCCCCCGAGUGGAGAGAGACUGUGGUGCUGCGUGCUUGCAGCGGGGCCCGGUCCCUUGGGGCCGUGAGCACUGACGCGGCGGAGGGUGUGGUCGGCUCAGCAGACGCCUCGAAGGCCAGCGGGAAGGUCAUCUCCUCGGGGCAAAGGAAGCUGCCCAGCGCCCCAGCCGGAAGAACAGCAGUCAGAGCCAGCCAGCUGGGGAGGGCCCGAGGCCGGGGGACCGCUGGACAAAGAGCCACAGGGACGCUGCACGGGGCUGGCGUGAGGGCGAUGCGGGCUCAGGCAGGGAGCAGGCCUGGCCGGGGCCCUGCUGGGGUCGGGGCCCGAGAGGGAGCCUCUGAACUGCAGCCUGGGCCCCUGCCCCCUCCCCCUCCCCACACCCCCUCCGGAAUAACUCAGGCCCCAGGCCUCCUUUCCUCCCGCGUCAGGGUUCAGCACGCCUCAGCCCCGACUGCUUCCGCAGCCCAGGCCUGGGGCCCGAUGCUGGCCGACUCCAGACCAGGCGCCCCAGACCGGCAGCAAGAGCCCCAAGAGGCAGGUCCUCCGCACAGCCAGGCCGGCCUGUCUGCCCACAGGGUCUCCUGGAGCACGGCCAGCCGCUCGGCAGAGACCACGUGCCCUCAGAGCUGGGAAUGCUUCCUGGCGGCCUUUCUGGAAGGUGCUCUAGGAGCUCCUGUGCACGGGCCUCCGCCGUCUGUGCCCGCUGGGCCCCCGGGCAGGGCUCUGCUCAGCCCCAGGGAUGGGGCAGCAGGACUCGGUGGUCAGCCCGCGGGUGCUGGAGGGUCCAGAACCUUCUCUGUCUCUGCUCCAAGACCACACCCGCGGCUGCUUGUCCCAAACUGACGGGGCACGGUUUCCUUCGUUGCACCAGGGAGACUUAAACGUCCUUUGGCAAAUGCAAUUAAAAUCGUCAAGUACAAUACGCUUCUCGCCAGUCUAAGAAAACCUCAGACCCGUUUCGAUUCCUUCUUUCGUGUCUCAGAAAACGUCUGUUGACGGGUGCACGUGGCGGGCGAUGGGCUGGACACUCCAGAGUCUGACCUCAGACCUCCCAGGACGGCCCACUGGCGACCUCACCGCCCCGCCUCCUGGCUGCGUGUGCAGCCCGCAGGGCCUGGAGCGGGGCCUGAUGGAGGCCACACCUUCUCUGCACAGGGUGACCCUGCCCAGCUCAGGGGGUGAAGGACAUGGUCAGAACUGCCGAGAUCUCCCGGCCCCAGGACUGCACCAAGGCCUUGGGGCUUGAGUCACUCAGAAGUAAAUGAACGUGUUUAUUGGUUUCGGUCUGAAGCAGGUGAGAAAGCACCCGAGGGCUUUGCAGUAAUUAAAAACCAGUGGGGCUGUCAGAGAGACGAGAAAAUCUCUCCUGUCUCCCGAUGGGCCCCAAACCUGGCUUUAGAGAAGAAACAGGAAGGUCGUCACUGGCGCGAUAAUUAAAAGAAUAAAGUGCCCAGAGCUCGGGCACCUCCGAGAACCCAGGGGGACCGGCUGGGCUCGGGGCCUGGGGCACAGGCCAAAGGGCUGGACGCAGCCCCUACCGGCCAGGAGGAAGAAACUUCUGAGCAACCAGCCUUGCAGGGGGCUGUGUGUCAGGGGUGGCCUGGAGCCAGGAGGUCACCCUGGGCAGGACGGUGGGGCCCCAGGUGGUCCCAGCCCCCAGACAGUGUCCCUCUGGCCAAGGCUGCCUGCGUUUCCAGGGAGCACACCCCGACCUCCGACCUCUGUGGUCAGUUCUCCUUCACCCCCUGAGCUGGAGCUCAGAGGGGCCAAGCAUGCAGAGUGGACCUGAAGACGGUGAGGUGACCCCAUGUUGUCCGCGAGGCUCAGGGCCCAAGCACUGAGAUGAUGGCCAGCCCUUCCGUGACCCUGGGAAGGGCCCCACUCAGCCCCCCAGGGGGACACUGGGGCCCAGGCCGCUCGCCAGGUCAGAGGCACAGGCUAGAGCCAGGGCUGCCUGAGCCCCUCGGAGGAACCACUGCCCAGGAGAGCCCGACCCAUGUGGGGUCCCCCCUCGCGGCUCAGCGUCUGUCAUGACGGCAAGGUGGGCUCAGGCACCCGCUGCCCCGGGCCCCCCCCAGUCACCUCCUCGCCCCCGGGCAUCUCUGCCGUGCCAGCGGACGUGCACUGGGGACGUGGUUGGGUUCUCGGCUGGGACUGCAGUGGCCUGGCCGCCGUGCGCUGUCACGGCCACAGACAGCAGUGCAGGGACCAGACCCCCGAGGCAGCUGUCCUGCAGCCAGGAGCCCCUGGAGCCCCCGAGGCAGGGGGACACUCAGUCCUAGACGGUGGGCGGCUUGGGGCAUCCCCAAAGCAAGGAGGGGUCGGCAGAGUGGGUUAGGGAGGAGGGUCUGCGGGGCAGGGGCGGUUCGAGGGAACGUGGGGAGACAGGGGGCCGCAGGUGGGAGCCAGGCCGGGCAGCUCUCUGGCCACUUCAGGGGGAUGGGGUGGUUGGGCCCUCAGGCCUGCAUGGUCUGUGACCCGGAAGCUGGGACUGGGUGCUUACCCAGACUGGGGUGUGGAUCCAGCCCAGCCGCUCAGUGCAGAACAUUCUGGAGCCUCCUCCAGCUCCAGCCAGUGGGCCAAGGUGCUGGACGCCCCUGCCUCCCAAGGAGCUCACUCCCACAAGGCCAGCAGGGCAAGGCCACUCCCACCUGUACUCUCCCCUCCCCCCGACGGUCACUCCCAGGGCCAGGCCUGGAGAACAGAGACCAGCAGAUGCGCAGGCGCCAGAAGCUCUGAGGCCAGAUGUGCUGACGCGCAUCCCGCCGGGGGGGUAAGGGGGAAGGUGGCCCAGGACUUCAUGGUCCAGGAGGCCCGGCCUCCAUACUCCUGUGCCCCUGCCGGCCGGCACCCGCUCUCUGACUGCCGUGCACUGGGUCCCACCACGUGACUUUGUGCCUGUGUGUCCACGGAGGUCUGUCUCUCACGCACACCUGCCCGCGAACAGCUCCAGCCCCGUGAACCCCAGCGCUUCGCUACCUGUUCGGUCCCACCUCUGCACACAGAGUCCAUAAUGACCGUUUUUAGAAUCAGCGCUAAACCUAUAAUUUCUCUGCAUAAAAGCAGAAUAGUUUUCAUGAGGUAGCUGAGGAACUCCCAAACACGUGUGCUUUUGUAAAAUUUAAUUUGUAUGUUUGGACACAGCCUUGUUUAAGAAGAACUCACUGAUGAAACACUGUUUGUUGUGCAUUUGCUGGGAGCUGGGCCUGACGCCCGCCUUUCCUCGGUCGCUUCCGAGGAGGGACGUGUGUUACCCCGUCUGCAGGCCGCAUGGCGCUGCCCCCGGAGCUGCUUCUGCCCCUUGGAAAGUUUCCUUCUCCAGAGGCAGAUUUGUUCUCUGACCUCAGGGGAGGGCACAAACAAUGUUCUUUUCAUGUCCUGUCGUUUAUCAUCGCGCAUGCGCUGCUACUUCUCCAUAGGGGUUUGAAACAUGAAUUUGCUUCACUAUAUUUCACCCAAUAUUUGAAUUUUUAAAGGACAAUUUACCUGUGCAGUGGAUCAGUAAAUGCC